AUGGAAUCGGAUGGUGAUGGAGUAAAUGAGUUUUUGCAGAGGAUCCGGGAGUUGGGGGACAAACGGGACCGCGAAGAUGAGGAACGUGCGAGGAAGCUUGAGGAGGAAAUCAUAGCGGGGCGGGAAGCAAGGCGAGCCCGGAGAGAUGAACGCGCAAGAUCUUUGUCACCUCAGAAGGAUUCGCCGCUUUCAGCACCACUAAGUCUCAGGUCGAGCGUGUUGGAGAUGUCCUUAUCCCGACCAGGAACUGCAGAGGAUACAAAUGGGGGUAAUAGACGGGAAGAUUCCGUGGAAUCUGCCAUGGACAAACUGACAGGAAGGUUUUCCGCCAGCACAUUGACUGAUGCAGAAACAUCAGGGAACGAACAAGAAAAGGCACCAAGGACGCUUUCCUGGCAACGAAGACCCAAAUCGUUCCACUCUUCUGUCUCCAGGCCCACUUCUUUACUAUACAAACCGGAAGAGCCUCAAUCAGAAGAAGAGCCAGAGAAACGGCGCUCGCAGAUUGCACAGAACCUUGGCUCGAAGGACCCAUCAUGGUUUCGACAAACAUCUGACCGGGGUGCUACAUCCGGUGCACUGCGGAAAGCUCAAGACGAAAGCAUGGACCUCACUGCAAAAAUGGCUCUGCCAGGAAUGUCUUCUUCUUUCGGAGGAAUGCUAGGAAAGCUCGGCUUUGAAGAGGAUUCGACCUCUGAGGCGGAUAGACCAGCUCUUUCUAAGCGGGAUUCGAACGAAACGUUAUCUUCAACAUCGACGUUUCGUGGCCGUAGUGAUUCUCUACACUCAGCAAGCCAAUUGACUUCCUCCACAUCUAGUUCCGGAAUCUCUCGUCACACAAGGGGGAACUCUUUUACGAGUAGUAUCUCUGCGCGUUUUGAUCCAUCGUUGGUGGGUGGGGGCUUUGUUUCAGAAGAUGGGUUCACUCGACCUCCAGCAAUGAGUCCUAGUCAAGGCCGAAUUUCGCCUGAACGGAAGGAACGCACACCAAGUCCGACGAAAGGCUUGGGGGGGUUUGUACAAAGUGCCCUUCUUAAAAGAGAGGGGUCUAUAAACAAAAGAUGGAGCAACUCUCAGCAGCUUGGUUCACUCUCGCGAAACAGCUCUACGGCUUCAAAUAGACAUACCUAUGGGAAUCUAAGAGAGGCCGCUGCAGCUGCGGCUGCAGAUGAAGAGGAAAUUGAGGGCGAUGAUUUACAAGAUGGGGAAACCACAGAAGAUGAAAGCCAACUUAGUCAACUCAGUCAAGUUAGCCAAGUCGAGCAUAGUCGAGGUAGUUCUCUAAGUGAGCCAAGACUGGCAUCGCCUGGUACAUCUGGUGAUAUUCAAUUAUCUCCCCCACCCCGGAGUAUGUCACCACCAGCAUCGCCCACCAAGACCUUUGACCAGAAGAGAUGGAGUCCAACGAAAUCCUCAUGGCUAGAAAGUGCCUUGAAGAAAGGCACAGACAGUAACGCUCCGAUGAAAGCAUAUACUCCACCUAAGGAGAAAACACAAGCUAAGAUCAUUGAGACGAAAUUUCCGGAUCCCAUGGCUACUCGCCCCCCUACAGGCCCCAAACCUGCGAGUAUAGGAUUGAAAAAGCCUCUCAGUAUUCCAAAUAUCCCACCAUUACGGCCUUCUAGUAUUCCAGACAUCCCAGUGUUGCGACCCAGCGGUAGCCUAGAUACCGUAAAGCUGAACCCAGAAAUUGGAGAAAAGCCUGUGGUUCCUUCCUCUAAGCCAGUUUUUAACUCUCCUAUGUCAAACAGAACUUCAGUUUUUGAGAAACCUCCCCCGCCGCCUAAAGAAACUAUCAAUUUCCGUGCUGGGCUCAAGCCUCGCUCAAUGACUGAUGCUGCGGGCAAGGGAGAACACCUGCCGUUUCUCAAUGCUAUGACACGUUUGAGAUCUACAAAAACGAACAACUAUGUACCAAACAACGAGUUGAAGGACAGGAUUUUGGCAGGCAAAGCCAACUUACAGGCGACUGCAGGUCCACAGAAAAAUAAAGCACCGGAUCCACUAAAAGAAAUGGUUCUCUCUGCGAAAGCUUCUCUUACGCAAUCAGAGCGCCCGGUAGUACCGCGUCCCGUGGAAUCUCCGAAGGCAGCAAUAGUAACAAGACCUCGGCCAUCAAGCUUCUCUGCUACCAAGCAAAACUCGGCACCCGGAAGACUAGAGCUGAAGGAAAAGGGCCCAUCGUUGGCGAGUAGAUUUAACCCAGGUCUAGCGAACCUGCUUCAAAGGGGACCCCCUCCAACCUCAGGCCGAAGCGAAUCGAGUAAUGCGGCUGGGAGCCAACAGGAUGAUUCUGAGCCCAGUGAAGGCAAGCAACUAACACAUAUGACAAAAGCAAGAGCACGAGGCCCGAAGAGGAGGGCACCGACAAAGUUUGAAGGGUCAGAUGUACUGCCAGCUAAAGAAGCUCCUCGAAGUACACCAUCAGCAAAAGAUAUAUUUUCUUCACCGGUGAUAAAGCAGCAAGCCCCACAAACCUCUCCAAAACCUAUCACACCUAAACCUAUCACAUUCAGUAAGCCAUUUGAUCUUGUUCCAAAGCUUAGCCCUAAAGUUGAGACGGCUACCGGACAUCCGCAAUUUGCAUCGGCACCUAAAGAUGCACCAAAGACAGAGAAAGUCAAGCCACCUACGCCCGCCAAAUCCCCUUUACUUAAGGCAACAUCAGCCUCAAGCCUGAGGGAAAUGUUUACACAACAGUCGUCGGGUACAAAGUCUCCUUUGAGCGAAAAAUCUCUGGUUCUACCAGAACCUUCGCUUUCAUCAUCUGCCACCUCGAGGAUUUCGCUAUCGCGUCGGACUUCGACAAACCCUAAUAUUAAUGAGCUGAAUGAAGAUGAAGAACCAGCUUCGAUCAAAACUAAGAGCUGGGGGGCUCCAGCAAUCUCAAGAACGUCAUCAUUUGUUUCGAGGGGUGAUGAUGAUGAUGAGGAUGAUGAGGAUUCACUGGCACCCCUCGAAAAUACAAGAAGUCGUGAUGAGCCAUCUCAGAUUUUUGGGGGGUUUUUCAAAGGAUCAGUCACUAAGACACCAAGACUAGAUUUGGAUAUUUCUGGUAUUUUGAUGGCCAACCGCAAAGAUACUACCGAGGAAGUUCAGUCACUAAAGACUGAACUUUCGGAGAUUACUGGGUACGGCAAGUUGCAACCUGUUCCUCAAGAGUACGAAAAUGUGUUGUUUGAUGAGAGCAUGUAUGUUUGCAUCCAUACAUUCAAGACUCAAUUGGGAGCAAAGGGAACAGAGGUGUAUCUUUGGAGUGGGGACAAGGUCUCAGAACCUGCUGUCGAAGAUGCACUUCUCUUCGCACGAAAAUUGGCAAGAGAAAACGAUGGGAAACUGAUUCGUUUGAGGCAAGGACGUGAAACCUCCGCUUUCUUCCAAGCCCUUGGUGGCAUUGUUACCACAAGACGUGGAUCUCGCACGAAAAUGAUAACCGAGAAUCCUUUUGUACUUUGUGCGCGCCACUUUAUGGGUAGUAUUGCCGUAGAUGAGGUUGACUGCAGAGCAUCGAGUCUUUGCUCUGGUUUCCCUUUUAUUGUUUCUGCUAAGGGCCGGGUUUUUCUCUGGAAAGGGAAAGGCUCUACAGCUGAGGAGAUUGGCGUUGCUCGGCUUGUAGCCUCUGAAAUGUCCAAGGGCGAAGUCCAGGAAAUCGACGAAAAUAGCGAACCUGACAUGUUCUUUGACAUUCUGGAUGGUAGCAGCGAGGACCGGGCAUCUGCUGACUAUUGGCACUUGAAGCCUGCCCACACUUCUUACAACACCCGACUCUUCAGAAUUGAUCUGGAGUCUCAUGCUAAGGUGAUCGAGGUUUCACCAUAUUGCCAAUCAGAUCUGAACCAGUCGGAGAUCUACGUCGUGGACGCCUUUUUUGAGCUUUAUAUUGUUCUUGGCGCCAACUCACAAUCUAAGAGGCCCGAAUUCCAGUCAGCAUUGCAGUUCGCACAAGAUUACGCCAUUCUUGCAGCAACAGUAGACGAUCGACCAUUCAUCCCGGUUAGCAGUGUGAUUGUGGGAGGUGCACCCAGAGAGUUUAAAGUGCUUUUCAGAAAUUGGGAAGAUGCAAAAAUUCCCACGAGUUGGCAACCAUCACGGAAGCCUAGUUUACGACUUGUUGGUUUGACGGCAGCAAUGGAAGCUAUGAAGGUUAUUGAAUAG